AUGGCCCCUUCAAACUUCAACAGCAACAUUUCCAUCACCCACAUCGGCACUGCCACUGCAAUCAUCGAGAUCGAUGGCGUCAAGCUCUUGACCGAUCCGUUCUUCUCCCCAGCCGGAACAGAAUUUGAGAGUCCGGUCGGUGUUUUCAAAGUAGGCCAUAAUCCAGCUCUUGGAAUCAAAGACCUUCCACCAAUCGAUGCCGUCCUCCUGAGUCAUGAGGAUCACACCGACAAUCUCGAUGACCUGGGUCGGCAGCUACUCGACGGUCGUCUCGUGUUCACUACAAUGGACGGGGCUAAGAAUCUAGCUCCUCGUCCGGGUGUGCGAGGAAUGAAACCAUGGGAGAAACUCUCUGUCAACAUCGGAGGCAAGCCCUUUGAAAUUACGGCAACCCCAUGCCAGCACCUCCCAGGAGGCGAAUGUACAGGCUUCAUCCUUACGACUGCUAGCUUUGGUACCAGCCCAGACGGUUUGCCCAAUGCGAUUUGGUUCUCUGGUGAUACAAACUACUUUGAGGAACUGGAUCAGAUUGCUACCAAGUUCCAUGUCGUGGCUGCGAUUUACAAUUUGGGCGAUGCCCAUGUUCCGCUCCCAGAGGGCCCAUUGCAGGUUACGAUGGAUGGAAAGCAGGCUGCUGGUCUGUUCCGGACUCUCAAGGCUGAUUUCCUCGUUCCGAUGCAUUAUGAUGAUUGGUCCCAUUUCACUCAGCAUGGGAACGAGCUGGCGAAGGCGUUCGCUGAGGAGGGAAUUGAGGACCAGGUAUGCUGGCUCGUCCCGGGCACGUCGAAAAAGGUGAUUUGA